GUAACUGGCACUGCCCAACGCGCCGGCGCUUGAAGCGUAUGGACUCUGCGUCGAACGACGACAUUGAAGAGCUCGAGGCCAAGCUCGAGGAAGCUUUGCGCCAGAACGAGCUUUUAAGCCACGAGAACGAGCUCUUCGACUCGUUCCUCAAGCGCAACGCCCAGCCGGCAAAUGCAGCCGAGGACGAUGAUAAGAAGGACAAGCCCGAGAAGCAGGCCAAGAACCGGCAGCGGCGCCAGCGGCCGCAGGCCACGAUAACGAUCGAACAGAAGAACGACAUUUGCUCGGCCGAGCUCGAAGAGGCCCAGAAAGAGAUCGAAGAGACCAAGCGCAGCUCGGAGCGGCUCAUCGACACGCUCCGCGCCGUCCUGGAAGAGACCGACAUUCGCAUCGCCGAGCUCAAGAUGGACGCGUACGAGUUCAAGCGCGACAUCGUCGUGGGCGCCGAGAACUUUCGCACGGGCAAAACGAUCGCGGAGAAGAUGGUCCGCUACAUGGAGGACAAACUGCGGGCCAAGGACGCGGUCAUUGAGAAGCUUCGCCUCAAGAACGCGACGCUCAAGAGCCAGGCGCAGAAGAUCGACGCGCAGCUGCGCCAGAAGGAAGAAAUGGGUGAUGCGCUCCACUACAUUGACUUUCACCAGCUCCAGAUCGAAAACAAACAGUACGUCGCCAAGAUCGAAGAGCGCAACGACGAGCUCCUGAAACUCAAGCAGACGACCGGCAACACGGUGCAGCUCCUCAACACGCUCAAGCAAAAGCUCAACGACCUCAUUGACGAGUCGGCGUGGCUCCAAGCCGAGAUCCGCGACCGCGCCGAGCUCCACGACAAGGUCAAGACCGAGCUCCUGACGGUUGGCGACGACAUCACGCGCGACACGAAACUCGUCAAGUCGUCGCUGAGCGCCAAGGCCGAGACGAGCACCGAGAUGCCUCAGAUUCUCGACUUCGUGGGUCAAAAGGCGCUCAUGUACGAGCUCGCACAGGAGGUCGCCAACUUCGAGCGCAAGGUCGAGAUCGCCGAGAUGGCGGCCAAGAAGAAGGCGCGGGACCAACGCCAGAAUGCCCUUCGUAUGCAACAAUCGUAACGCGCCAACUCGGACACGUUGUCUUCUGGUGAUAACGUGGACGACUUUCUUUUGUGUUGAAA